AUGGCUCCUAGACAAGGAUAUGAAGGUCGGCGACGACCUGCCAGAGGAAGCCGUGCAAAGAGUGCACCGAAGAACGAAACCUUGACUUCUCCUCAUGAGAUAUCUCAGUCGCGGACCCCACAAUCACCCAGCACAGCCACCGUCGAAGAUACUCCUACAUUUCCCCCGGCGUCGCCCGUCCGUCCAGUGACCAGAGCUCAGGCAAAGAAACUCCUUGCCGAAGCCAAGCGCCCGCAAGAGCGACCACGAAGAAACUCGCCGUCUGCAACCGUACCCGCUACAGCAACAGGUAAAUCACGUAUUCGAAAAGACCGGCUAGCCAACUGUUAUCCCGACGUGCACUCCAAGACGCAGGAACGACAAUACGUGCCAGGAUUCAAACUUUCCAAAGGAAACCUGAAGAAGCUCCAGAAGCAGCUGCUUAGUGCUUCUGACGACAUGGCUUCUGUUCGCCCAACUACCCGUGGAAAUCGAGGGGGAAAACGAGGAGGCAAUCGAGGCGGAGGUAGAGGUGGGCAUCGGCGUGGAAAGGGCACAGCAGCGUCGACGACAGAUACUUCGACCGAGACGGCUGAGCCUCAAGAUAGUACGACCCCGGCAACCACAUCGACAGCACGUGCUCACUAUCGUUUCAAGAUCCUUCGGAGCGUUAACAUUGACUUCUCCGUACACUCACUCCCGCAGGAUAUCCAAUCGCAACUAGAGGUUGUCUUUAAUCGGAAAAUUACCACUGAAAUGGCGAACUGGAUCCUCCGUUGCACAAAGCUGAUGUCCAACGACAUCAGCCAUAUGACUCAAGAUAACUUUCCACAGGAUGACUUCAUCGAGCCGUUGAUCCACGUUCUUGACCUUUACAAAGAGGAUGUGGCUAUCUUGGGAGUCGCCAGGAAGUUUGAUUUCCAUUCGAGCCUAAAACCCCAGCUUUCGCAACCAGGACAGGACAGCGGUGUCAAGACACCACGUCCCGAUUGCAUUGUUGGCUUUCGGAAAGUCGCGAUAGAUGACAUAUUGUCAAAAGGUAAGGGAAAACUGGCGCCGAUGAGAGAAUUGGAAGCCCAAAAUAUCCUGUGCGCGGAUCCAACCUCGAAUGGUGCGGGUGUUCUGUUCCCUGCCCUGGUGAUCGAAGGACAGGCAUAUUCUACUGGGGCGUCUAUGUUCAAAGCCGAGAAUGAAGCCGCAGUGGCUGCAAGUUGCAUCAUCAACCUGCUGCGACUGUUUACGGACGUCCACGAUCGUUACGCGCCCGACUCCCCGCGUGCGAAAAUGGCACCUUUCGUCUUUUCCAUAACUACAGAGGGGCCGCAACUUCAACUCUCCGUUCAUUAUCCCCGGGUGAAUGACGGGUGCACCUUGUAUCAGUCGACCGUCGUGGGAUACUGGCAUGCAGGUGUGUCUGGUCACGUGGAACAGUUCCUUUCGAAACUAGCACAGCUCAUGGACUGGAUGAAGAACGAGUUUUUGACGGGAAUAGUGGAUCAACUGGUUGUGGUGGCUGAGAACGUCUAG